ACUUUGUGCGCACAUCUGAUACCCUUUUUAGAUAUAUUCAGUCUUUUUGACGUAGUUUUCGGUUUCAUUAUUUAUUUGUUAUGAAAUUUGGUGAAAGUCUCCAAUUGGCCCUAAUCUCUGAGUUCGCUGAAGAAUAUGUAGAUUAUCAAGGAAUAAAGCAAAGAAUACAAUUCGUGGCCUCUCUUCCCGAAAAUGAGAAAGAAGCAUAUUUGCAACGAGCUCCAGAUGGAUCUUGGCCUAAGGAUUCCCCAGACGAGAUGUUAGUUGCAAAUUUAGAAAAAGUAGUCAAUUUCUUCUCUACAAACAUAUCUCAGCUGAAUGCUUAUAUAAAUCGUCUCUCGAAUGAGGAUGAUCCGGAAUUAGCUCGUCAGUCUGGUUCUAUUAACGAACUUCAAGAGCGACAUGAGCAAAUAAAGGAUUUGGAUUUACGACUUCAGAAGCUUUCUUCUUUUGCUGAGUGGAAUAAGCUGGCAUUCGAAAAAUUGGCGGCUAGAAUGGACAAGCAUCUUGGUACUGACCGACAAACCACAUUUUAUGAACGGAAAGUUUCCAAACUCGAUUUUGCCAAUUCUGCAAAAAUUUAUGAAACGCUCCUUUCAUUGAAGAAGUUGGAUAGUUCGCAAAAAAGAAUAGACACUCUAAAAAAGCUAGAGCAUAUAUCUUCGAAACAUCCAAUAAAGAAAGAUUUGCUUACUUACAUACAGCAGGAUGACGUUAAAGAAGUGGCAGAGACUUGCAUAAAUGCUCCUGAAACUGUUUUGAUUGAUAUCCUUGCUGCCACUAUAGUAGCAGCAGCUAAAGCUUGCAUGAGAGAAGUCGUUGGAAGGAUGGGACUUCGAUCUGAAUGCCUCGCUUCUGCAUUACGUCGUGCGAUAAAUAAUCUAGAAGGACCUGACCAUGGCGUGCACUGCUUUUUAGAAGUUGUAAAGGAUAUAUGCUGUGUUGUGUAUCUAGAAAAAGACCAUCUUAAUUCUCUCUUAACAAGAAUCCUCGCUGUUGAGAGGAAUAGCAGGGGUCAAACUGUAAUGCACUCAGCUGCUCAAAGUGGCUACCAUAUGUUGUGUUAUGAAUUUUGUAAAAUUAUUUCGUCCAUCCCUUCGGCGGAACCUUUGAAUUGGAUGCGUCCUUAUUGGUUUGAUGUUAUGCAAGAUACCCCUUUAAGUUUAGCUAUUAGAGGAAACCAUGUAAAAGUGUUACAUGCCCUUUUAUCUUGUCAAGACAGGGGUACGCCUUCGACCAAGCCUGGCCCUAUACCUCCGUUGGUGUUGGUAUGCUUGGUAGGAGACAAUGCUGGAAUGAUUAAAGAACUUUUGGAUGCUGGUUUUAACAGUAAUGAGCAUGAUGCGAAGGGAAGCACUUGUUUGCACGCUGCCGUUCGAAAUCAUCGCUCAAAUUGUGUAGAAACACUGAUCAAACACGGCGUAAAUCAAAAUAUACGUGAGGCUCCUUUCUCUUGGACGCCGCUGAUGCUUGCUAGCGCUCUUGGAUUUUCAGACAUUAUUAAGAUCCUUGUGGAAGCUGGCUCACCAGUUGAUGCAGUCGAUGCUUCCGGUUGGACUGCAAUGGAGCACGCUGUCGUUCGUGGAAAUUUGGAAGCACUUGAUGUAUUGCAGACGUCCUUUGCUUUGAGCGAUGGUCCUGUAAAUCUUGAUUCUUUAUCCAUAAAACCCUCUGGAGCAGAGGUCAGAAGCCGAAAACGCGCCAUGGAACUUCAACCGUCUUCGUCUAUAGUGAUUUUGAGGUUAAGUGGCUUAACCGGCCGUAUACGUGUAACACUUGAAGGUGAAGGUACACAGUACCUCUCUGGUAAAACAUCGUCGUCUGCUGUUUCCUCUAAGUCAUCAACAACAGAUUUACUCUCAACUAGUCUUGCGACUAAUAUACAACCAUCUUCAGAGUCAUCUAAUUCGUCCUUGCUUCGUGAAAAGUCUGCGAGCUCCACUGUGGUCAUUGAUGUGCCCCGUUCUCAUUUUGAUAGUGUCGGUGAAGUAGAUUUUGAAGAUGUGGUUGAACCUGAUGAAACAAAUGACGAGUCUAUUUAUAUGCAUUAUGAUGCUGCUCAGGAAGUGAGUUUAAAAUCCACCGUUGCCUCUCCUCCUUAUGAAUUAAUCUUUAUAACUAAAGACGUUGACAAGACAACUGUUUGUAUUGAUGCCUUGGGCCAUCGAUCCCUGAAAGUGAUUGGUAGAGCUUAUGCUCAAUUGAGCGACUUUAUUCCAAACUUGGGUAAGGGUAUGCAAUCAUUGAAGCCACUACCGUCCCUUACUUUGUUAUCCAAUAAAGGGCUUAAACCUAUUGCUAAAAUACAUGUGGAUGCGCUUGUUUCGACUGUUCCGGAUGAAGAUAUCUUGAAGUUAGGUUCUGAGCGUGUUCAUGGAGCGUCUUCUUUAGAAGCCGUGUCGAAUUUUGAUAGAUCGACAUUGGAGGAUAAGGACGAAUUGUCUGCAACAUCGUCGAAAUCUCCUUCCGAAUCUGGAAAAGUAAGUAGCGUAGAGGUUAUUGGACAUCGAGGAUUAGGGAAAAAUCAACCUAAUAGUUUGACUUUGCAAUUGGGUGAAAACACAGUACAAUCUUUUAUCAAGGCUGCUGAUUUAGGUGCUUCAUACGUCGAGUUGGAUGUCCAACUUACGAAGGAUAUGAUUCCUGUGGUUUAUCAUGACUUCGCUGUAAAUGAAACAGGAACCGAUGCGCAAGUUCAUUCUUUAACUUUGGAGCAGUUUUUGUCAGUCUCACAUAGUCCUUCGGAUAAGCCGGCGGAAGACGUCCGUGAGUAUAGUCUUAAACGUCGCCCUCGUGCCUAUAGUUCUUCAGUAUCAAGAUCCUCAGAUACUCAACUGAAUUUAUUGAAUUUACUGAAUUCUCAAGAAGAUCCCGUGAGUGCGAAGCAAAAAGUUUAUAAAGGGAAUGCUUUGGGACAUAGCAUUUGUGCCCCGUUUAACACUUUGCGAGAUAUUCUAGAAAAGGUUCCUCAAUCGGUAGGAUUGAAUGUGGAGUUUAAGUAUCCAAUGCUAAGUGAAGCCGAGGAAGAGAAUCUGUUACCUGUUGCAUAUGAUUACAAUGCUUUCGUGGACACUAUUCUUUCCGUGAUACAAAAGUACGGAGGUCAUCGACGAUACAUUUUUUCUAGUUUUAAUCCAGAUAUUUGUAUUUUACUAUCACUUAAGUGCUCCGUACCGGUUCUAUUUUUAACCGAAGGUGGUACUGCUUUUCGCACUGAUGCCAGAGCAGCUUCCUUAAAGAAUGCUAUAAAAUUUGCUGCCCAAUGGAAUUUGCUUGGUAUUGUAAGUGCUUGUGAGCCUUUAAUUCAAAGUCCACGCUUGAUUAAAGCUGUGAAGCAAUUGAAACUGGCUUGCUACACGUACGGAGUCUUAAACAACAAUACUGACAACGUAAGACGUCAAGUUCGGUUCGGCGUUGAUGCUGUUAUUGUGGAUAAUGUGUUAGCCGUUAGAAAAGCACUCAAUGAAGGUGAGAGGUGAUAUGUUUAUGUGAUGUGAUAAUGUUGUUAGAAAUGAGAAAAUUAUGAGAAAACUAGCAAUGAAUUUAUUUAUUAAAUAGUAAAACUUCUGAAAAGAAAGAAAAAUCAAAUAAGAUGCAUAUUGGUAUUUAUGGAGCAUCAUCUGCACUUUUUCU